AUGCACCCCGGGGGCGGACCGGCCGAGAGGCUGGAGCCGGGCCUCGUCCGCGAGAGACCGGGGCAGGUUGUCUUCCUGGUUCGGCUGGUGGGCGAGGGUAAAGGUAGGACUCAGUGCUCGCGCAUUGGCCAUGUCUGCGUCCUCAGGGAAGCGUGGCCUCACGAUUCUGCGACCUCAGGCGGAACCGGGUCGGGCUUUGGUAACCCCCCGGGAAGCUGGCAGACGGCAGUGACCAGCACUUUCUGUGCAUCCUGGGCCUCCCAGAGAAACAGGAGAGCCAGAGGGAUGGCUGCAGACUUGCAGAGGAAGAGAAGCAGUGAAUGCCCUGAUGGCACGUUGGCUCCUUCUGAUGGGCAGAGUGUGGAGAGAGCUGAAAGCCCUACACCAGGGCUGGCCCAAGGAAUGGAGCCUGGUGCUGGGCAGGAGGGUGCCAUGUUCGUCCACGCCCGCUCCUAUGAGGACCUCACUGAGUCUGAGGAUGGAGAGGUAUCUGGGGAAAGCCCCAAGGAAGGUGCUGGAGGGCACCCCCCACUGCCUACAGACAUGCGCCAGAUCAGCCAAGACUUUAGUGAGCUGAGCACCCAGCUAACAGGUGUGGCUCGAGAUCUUCAGGAAGAGAUGCUGCCUGGAAGCUCUGAGGACUGGUCUGAGCCCUCAGGGGCAACUGGGCGACCAGCUGCCGAGCCCCCAAGGGAGGGUACAGCUGAGGGGGAUGAAGAGGAUGCUACUGAGGCAUGGCGCCUGCACCAGAAACAUGUCUUUGUGCUGAGUGAAGCAGGGAAGCCUGUGUAUUCUCGCUAUGGGUCCGAGGAGGCACUCUCCAGCACCAUGGGGGUCAUGGUAGCUCUCGUGUCCUUUCUGGAGGCAGACAAGAAUGCCAUACGCUCCAUCCAUGCAGAUGACUACAAAGUGGUAUUCGUCCGCCGGAGCCCACUGGUGCUGGUGGCAGUGGCGCGCACACGGCAGUCAGCACAGGAGCUGGCUCAGGAGUUGCUCUAUAUCUACUACCAGAUCUUGAGCCUUCUUACUGGUGCUCAGCUAAGCCACAUCUUCCAGCAAAAGCAGAACUAUGACCUGCGGCGUCUGCUCUCGGGCUCUGAACGAAUCACUGACAACCUGCUACAGCUCAUGGCUCGAGAUCCCAGCUUCCUGAUGGGAGCUGCACGCUGUCUGCCCCUGGCUUCAACAGUGCGUGAUGUCGUGAGUGCCAGUCUGCAGCAGGCACGGGCUCGCAGCCUUGUCUUUUCCAUCCUACUGGCCCGUAACCAGCUUGUGGCACUUGUACGCCGCAAGGACCAAUUCCUACACCCCAUUGAUCUGCAUUUGCUUUUCAACCUCAUCAGUUCCUCGUCGUCUUUCCGUGAGGGCGAGGCCUGGACACCUGUGUGCCUGCCCAAAUUCAAUGCUGCAGGCUUCUUUCACGCACACAUCUCUUACCUGGAACCUGAUACUGACCUCUGCCUGCUACUGGUGUCCACUGACCGUGAGGACUUCUUUGCUGUCUCUGACUGCCGUCGACGUUUCCAGGAGCGCCUGCGUAAGCGUGGAGCCCACCUGGCCCUACGUGAGGCACUGCGCAUUCCUUACUACAGCGUGACCCAAGUGGGCAUCCCAGACCUGCGCCAUUUCCUAUAUAAGUCAAAGAGCUCAGGACUGUUCACCAGCCCUGAGAUUGAGGCCCCAUAUACAAGUGAAGAAGAGCAAGAGCGACUACUGGGCCUCUACCAGUACUUGCACAGCCGUGCUCACAAUGCCUCCCGUCCACUCAAAACCAUCUACUACACAGGACCCAAUGAGAACCUCUUGGCCUGGGUGACUGGUGCCUUUGAGCUCUAUAUGUGCUACAGUCCCCUGGGGACCAAAGCGUCAGCAGUGAGUGCCAUCCAUAAGCUGAUGCGCUGGAUCCGCAAAGAAGAAGACCGCCUCUUCAUCCUUACACCCCUUACCUACUGAUGGGAAUGUGCGCAGGCUCAGCCUUUCCCAGCCUGUUGGGGCAUGGAAAGCUAUGGGAGCCUCCAGGUGGGGCUAGCUUUUUCUUACCCAGCCAGCAGGCGGGUACUGUGGGUUGGUGUGUGCAUUAAAAUGCUUUGUGAAAG